GUAUCUAAUGUCUUACCCUUUAAAGCAAAUGUUUUAGCUUGUUAUGAUGCAGACAUCUACAGGAUACAGUACCUUUGCCCCAGAUGAAAGCUCGCCACAUGAUAUUCAUAGAUAUAUGCAGGGAUUAAAAACGGACUUUGGCACUUUUUAUGAAAAUGAUAAAGCAGUAAACCAGUGGAUCAUGCGCAUCUAUUGGAAUACGUUAAACAGAGCAUUGAGCCCGACUGAGUGGGUAGGAGUAACAAGCCCACAGGUGGUCAAUGCUUUCAAUCUACUGUCUAAGAAUAGUAUAUUUGUAAGCGCAGCUUUUGCCCAAAAGCCAAAUUAUGAUAAAGACUUUCCAGAUUAUUUAAACUAUGCAGGGAUCGGUCAGACACUAGGCCAUGAGUAUUCUCACGGUUUUGAUGACGUUGGAUCGCAGUAUGACGAAUAUGGAGCCGAACGAGACUGGUGGUCAAACGCAACCAAGGUUAAAUAUGCAGAAAAGGCCAACUGCUUUGUAAAACAAUACUCCAACGUCUCAGUUACUGAUAAGCACGGUAAAAACUACUUUAUAGACGGAACUCAAACACUUGGAGAAAGCAUAGCAGAUCAUGAAGGGUUGGCGGCUGCUUAUGAUGCUUUCCUUACGCUAAAAGACAGUGGAAAAGGUUAUAACCCAGUUUUGCCUGGCUUACAUUAUUUCUCUUCAGAUGCGCUCUUCUUUAUCAAUGCUGCCCGCUCGUUUUGUAGCAAGACCAGUGUUGAUGCACAAAAGAACUCGAUUUACGAUGAACAUGCUCCAGAUUCAAUUAGAGUGAAUAUUCUAUUUCGCAAUAAUGCAGACUUUUCAAAAGUAUUCAAAUGCCCAAUAGGCAGUAAAAUGAAUCCACAUAAAGCAAAAUGUAGAAUAUGGUAAUAAAAUAGGCCUUUAUUGUUUUGAUGCGAAUUGAAUCGACUUUUUAUUAUAAAGUUAUUAU